UUGGCCAUGUAAAGUAUGUACAUUGGAAUUAAAAAAAAAAUUAAUGUAUGGGAACGCAUGGGAAUUUCACUCAUAUGGUACAUUCACUAGACUAAUCUCUCUCUCUUUUUGUGGUCCAUGAUUUGUAUUAUAUAGUAACAUGCUGAAAUUUUAGGCUAAGCUUUCAUAGAAUUUUGCAAACUUUUAGAAACCUUUAGGAACUUUUUAGUAAAGCUUCGGUUUUUAGGAGAAAAUAUGCUGUACCUGUACUUAUAAAGUAGUCAGAACAAAAAAAAAACUUCUGGUCAAACAAAUGGCCAUAACACACCAUUAGUAAUGCUCUGCAGCCACCCCACUUCAUUUGUAUGGACCGGUUUGUUUUGGCAGUCACUUAUUUUCCGGUGAUAACUGGCCAGCCAGGAACUACCGGGGGCCAUUCAGGGCUAGACUGUCAUUCUCAGGUCAGUGUGUACCCCACCGAUUCUGCUGACAGCACUGUUCCCACCAUGAGAUAAUGCCAUUCCAGAGAGAUCCACUUGUAAGCCUCUCUUUCUGCAGCACAGGUAUAUAACCAGCAGCUUGCCUUCACUGGAAACGGCGCACAUCGUUGGGAUCUUUGUCUACUGUACCAGAUUCUAUCAGCCUCCUCAUAUCAUUUCUUGAAAAAUUUCAUCGACAUCAGGUGCAAAUAGUCACAAUCAGGCUGAAAUUUGCCAGUCUACAAUUAGCUCAUCCAAGCUGCGAAUUCCCAAGCCUGACAUUAUGGAUAUUUCCAUUCAACACCCCUGGUUUAGGCGCACCCUGGGCUACCCCACCCGCCUCUUCGACCAGCUGUUUGGAGAAGGCCUGUUCGACUAUGACCUCUUUCCCUUUGCUGCCUCAUCUGUCAGCCCUUACUAUCGACACUCACUCUUCCGCAGCUUUCUGGACUCCUCCAACUCAGGCAUCUCUGAGGUGAGGUCUGACAGAGACAAAUUCACAGUGUACCUGGAUGUGAAACACUUCUCUCCUGAUGAGCUCAGUGUGAAGGUGACAGAGGACUAUGUGGAGAUCCAGGGCAAACAUGGAGAAAGACAGGAUGAUCACGGCUACAUCUCCCGUGAGUUCCGCCGCCGUUACCGUCUGCCUUCUAAUGUGGACCAGUCUGCUAUCACCUGCACACUGUCUGCUGAUGGCCUGCUUACUCUUUGUGGACCCAAGGCUGGUGGCAUAGAGUCUGGCCGUGGAGAUCGCACCAUCCCUGUUACCCGGGAGGACAAGACCAACUCAGGCUCCUCCUCCUAGACGGGUCACUCCCCACAGCUAGGUGGCAGUAUGGAGGUGUGAGUGGGGCUCACAAGGGCUAUUAUUUCAGAGGGCUUCUAAAGGUGGAUUUAAGCAAAUCCUCUAUUUGUUUAUCAUUAAACAAGCCCUUCUUCCCACUUCCACUUCAAAGGGUGUCAGUGUAUAUCUGACCGUAAUACCUUCUUUCAUUAGACUACACUAGCUAAUAAUCUCCAUAAUCCACUAUGAUUGUUUUCAUUUUACAUGACACACAGGAAAUGGAUCAGGAUGAUUGGCUGGGGGUCUUCUUUCUUAAUCAAGCCUCUGCAUUCCUCUCUAGUUAGAGGAUAAAUCGCAAACAGUCACUGCUCUGAUUUUUGACCAUCCUCGUGAUAUAGGUGAUCAUUGUUACAUAACAGGGUAAAUCCAUUAUUGUAUAGGAUCAGUUGGAGAACUAAAUGCUUCAGAAAUGGUUGGAGAGCUUGGUUAAAACUUGAUCUGUUUGAAGAUUUCUGAUCCUGGGGGAGAUUUCAUCACCUGUAAGACCUUGGCCUUCUCCCUUGCUUGUGUCAUGACCUCUUUUCUAGAUUUCUCUUGUCAUUGACUCUUGCCUGUCUUGUAGGUUUAGCCCUGUACUACUCAUUACUGACUCCUCAGGGGUCUACUAAAAAGUAAUGAAAAAUAAAUAAAGUUGUAUCAUUAACCAUUAAGAAAA